AUGCCAGCGAUCGCGGUGCUCGCGGCCGCGUGGUGCUUCCUGCAGGUGGAGAGCCGGCACCUGGACGCGCUCGCCGGGGGCGCGGGCCCCCACCGCGGCAAUUCCCUGGACAGUGACCAGUGGCUGAGCACCGUCUCCCAGUACGACCGGGACAGGUCCUGGAACCGCUUCCGAGACGAAGUUGAGGAUGAUUAUUUCAGAAACUGGAAUCCCAACAAGCCCUUUGACCAAGCCCUGGACCCGUCCAAGGACCCCUGCCUGAAGGUGAAGUGCAGCCCUCACAAAGUGUGCGUGACCCAGGACUACCAGGCUGCCCUGUGCGUCAGCCGCAAGCACCUGCUCCCCAGGCAAAAGAAAGGGAACGUGGCCCAUAAACACUGGGUUGGACCUUCGAACCUGGUCAAGUGCAAGCCCUGUCCUGUGGCACUGUCACCCAUGGUCUGCGGCUCCGACGGCCACACCUACACGUCCAAGUGCAAGUUGGAGUUCCAUGCUUGUUCUACCGGCAAGAGCCUCACCACCCUCUGUGAUGGGCCCUGUCCGUGUCUCCCGGAGCCUGAGCCACCCAAACACAAGGCAGAAAAGAACGCCUGCACAGACAAGGAGUUGCGGAGCCUUGCUUCCCGCCUGAAAGACUGGUUUGGAGCUCUUCACGAGGACGCGAACAGAGUCAUCAAGCCCACCAGCUCUGACACCGCCCAAGGCAGGUUUGACACCAGCAUCCUGCCCAUCUGCAAGGACUCCCUGGGCUGGAUGUUCAACAAGCUGGACAUGAACUAUGACCUCCUACUUGACCACUCAGAGAUCAACGCCAUCUACCUGGAUAAGUAUGAGCCCUGUAUCAAGCCUCUCUUCAACUCUUGCGACUCUUUCAAGGAUGGAAAACUCUCUAACAAUGAGUGGUGCUACUGCUUCCAAAAGCCUGGAGGUCUCCCUUGCCAGAAUGAAAUGAACAGAAUUCAGAAGCUGAGCAAGGGGAAAAGCCUGUUGGGGGCAUUCAUACCUCGGUGCAACGAGGAGGGCUAUUACAAAGCCACGCAGUGCCACGGCAGCACGGGGCAGUGCUGGUGUGUGGAUAAAUACGGGAACGAGCUGGCUGGCACCAGGAAGCAGGGUGCCGUGAGCUGCGAAGAGGAGCAGGAAACCUCAGGGGAUUUUGGCAGUGGUGGCUCCGUGGUCCUGCUCGAUGACCUAGCGGAUGAGCGGGAGCUGGGACCAAAGGACAAGGAGGGGAAGCUGAGGGUGCACACCCGGGCCCUGACGGAGGAUGACGAGGAUGAGGACGACGACAAAGAGGAUGAGGUCGGGUACAUAUGGUAGUGCCCACGAGAAAGAGGACAUGAGUUUUGCACAAAAUUGCAAGUCACUUCCUAUUCCUGCAUUUGUAUCUAAGACUCCAAGGCACCGAGGUCUCUUCUCUGUCACUCUCUACACCCAACCUAAGGUUUGGAAGACAACUGCUUGUUCCCAGAACAUUCUGAUUUUGCAUAUGUUUGUGUGGGAGAAAGGGUGUUGUGUUCUGUUUUGGUUCUUCCUGGACAGGGACAUGGCUGGCUUCAUGAGAGCCUCCUUCCCUCCCCUGAGAUUUUUGCAACAAGCAUGUGGUUUCUGUGCAAUUUUGACAGUGCAGGGAGCCCCCGCCCUCUCAAAUGUCCAAGACCCUUUGACUGCCCACACUGGUGGUCACCACAGCAUGGUUCCCAGCCUUACAGUGUCUCAGUGCUUUUCUUGUGUCUGUAGAUGUCGUGGAAAAAGAAACAAAAUGCACACUGUACCUUUCCCUCCCUGCCCCCACCAGUCCUGCUGUUUAUUAAAAAUUAGUUUUUCACCUCACUAUAUCUGGCUUCCUACAAACAAUAGCCUUAAUUCAGUCAAGAGUCUCUUUGGGGAAUUCAUUUUCAUUAUUAAAACUGGUGUCUGGAUGCUUCUCUCUGUACCUGCAGAAAAAUAUAUGCACAUUCAGAAGACACUGUGUGUGUGCCCUGCACACACCUCUCAGAAAAAAGUGGGUAUCUGUUAAAACCUCAUUUGAAAAACAAUUAUAAAUUUGUCAGCUUGUCCAGACCUGGAACAAAAUUUCUGGAAUAAGAAAUUUAUAUGGAAGUUGUUUUUUGCACUAACAGUUGGCACUUGUGGCCUGAGGCUGAGGGGGUUUCUCCAUGCCUCAGCCGAGUUACUGGAAGCCUCUUUGACUCAGACAAGCCUCCGUCUGCCCAAAUCUCUUUUCUCUCAGAAGCCAUGCGACCCGCACGUGGGCCGUGUCACAAGCCAUCGCUCGCAUUUCCGCUCAGAGCCCCUGUGGGCUGCACAGGUUCCUUCCUUCCCUACCUACGCAAGGGCUUUUUCUAAGGCACGCACGCACGUCUCCUGUCCCCUGAGAAGACAGUUUAGUGUUCUGCACUCGUUGUUUUACUUUUGCCCCCUUUCUACCUACACAUCAUGUGGGUACAAAAGCUGUACCGAUUUUUUUGAAAAACCAACCAUCCUUUGCAAACAAUCCCAAACGGAGGCCCACAAAGAAGUUCAUGACAGCGCGUGGAAGCUAGCGCUGGGCUUUAAAGACCUAAUUCUGUGCCUCCCCCACCCCCAAAUGUCAAGAUACUGAUGAAGAAAGCCCUGCGCCAUUCCGCUUCGUUUCCCUCAAGUUCCAAAUUUGGUAGGGUUGUCAUCUCUGCAUUCUUUAGGAUUUCUCUCCCUGGCAAGCUGUUCCAGACACAAGUACCAAAGAGUCAUCUUCAAAGUCACCCUGUUCAGCCCAGUACCACACUCCUGCCCCACCUGGUUCCCACCCACCCGGAUGCCCUAAUCAGCCACCCAAGCCAGGCUCUCUGGCCCACGUUUCCGUCUCUUGCCUUCCCCACGAGCUUCAGCCAGUCCACAAGACAACCCUAUAAACUCAGGCAAGAAAUAUAUUCAUAACCAAACUAUGAUCACUGCCAGCUGACCAACCUCCCACCCCAAAUUAUUUGAAUAGACCACCAACACACGGCAAAUGAGCAUGUUCCAGUCCUUGCACUGGCUGGACAACAGAGUUGGUCUGAGUCCUUUGGCGGUGUAGACCCAAGUCCAACCGCGACCCUGAGGUUUUGUAUUAACCGUUACUUUCCCCAGAGAGACCAGAGGCAAGCUCUGAAUUGGGAUCUCAACUCUGUCACCUCUGUUUCAAUACCUUUUUUCUCACUUGAACAAAACUUUGAGAUUAUAAUUUAGAAAACAAGUGCUUAAUUGCAGCUAAAUUACAAUAAAGUGUAUUACAAAAUCAAGACAUUAAAAAAAAUCUCCGUUUAGUCCAUCAAAGAAAGCCUCUAUUACUAUGUCCUCUGAGCUUGGAAAAAUGCACAAGAGAACACAAUAAAAUCGACAAAUUGAUUUUACUUAGAAAAACUUCUAGGCACAGGAUGAACCACUGAUUUUAAUUUGCCUAAUUAUCUUAUGACAAGUGUCAGAUUAAGAUGACACUUAAAGAUCCUCAGCAUUAACUUAAUGACGGCAAAGAGCGCUCAACAGACAAUUCCCAGUAAGGUACUAAGAUGCCAUGUUCAGAGACAUUCCAAGAAGAUAUUUUGAUUCCUUAAAAUAUCAAAUAGAAAGCCGUCCUCGGACUGGAACCCCACAUCCAUGGAGCAACAUGCACCCCACUUUUCAUGCCUCACUUUGGCAGGACAGCGUUAGGUUUUUAAAAGAUCUUUAGUACUUGUGGAAAGUACUGAAGAUUAGAUCAAGUUAUCUUGUCCUCAGAAGUAGAAUUUUUGUUUUCCUCUUUUUGGAAGGAGCCCUUUACUUACAGUGGCCAGGUAUACAUAAAAUACUGAUUUUUUUAAAACAGUAGUAUCGUGAUAAUCCAAUCCCUUGAGACAGGUAUUAGGUCGAAUCCUCACUAACUCGCUUCUGAAAGGUCCUUAGUAAGUAGUUUUGUUUUCAUUCCAUAAACAGGUCUUUUAUUUACUACCAUGUCCUUGGCAUCCAACUUAAAUCCCAGAAUUUUCUUCCUCCCUGGUUAGUUACCUGCCAUAUUAAUGUCUUUUUGUUUCUACAAAUAUUCUCAGCAUGGACAUAUCUUAAUACUGAAUGUGAGGUUUUGUGACAAUUUCACCUUCUUUACACCUAUUUCUCUACCUGCAGCAGCAAAUGACAAGACGUGUGGCCCCUCUGCUCUUCCCAGAACGCCAUUCCCGCUUUGUUUUCCUUUUAACCGUGACCACACUGUACAGUGACAUCCAAGAGGCCAUUCUACAGUGGGUGGUUUUGGUCUUUUUAUACCUUUUUCUCAAAAGUCACUUAUGUCUGUCCCUGUUAAACGUGUAGCAUUGUAAUGACAGCCCAUCAAAUCCUGAGUGUCAGUUUGUUGUCCCUAUUGUAGAUGAAAUAGUGAUGUAGCAAACCUAGUAAAUUCUGAAUGCUUUUCCACGUAGACUGAUCUGCGAUGUGAACACGACUCUUUGGUUAAUAGUAAAUACGUAACUGUAGUCCUGAGUAGGUGCAUUUCUGUCCGUCUCAAUAAAUUUCCCUUUGUCUGCA